ACUUCCACAGAAAUCCUUAUGAAAAAACUAUAUAGUUCGCCGGUCAGUAAAAAGUAUUCCCUUCGUGUGUACAUUUGAUUUAGGGCUAAUAAAGCCUGAGGACAAUAAAAACGCUGAUAUAAAACAAUGUUUGUUUAUGUGGGGGUUUUCCUGCUAGUGGCAGUAUUUUUUUCACACACGUCAGAAAAAGGCGUCAAUCCACAGGGGAUAUGUACUGACGGUUACUUCCAGUGUACCAACGACACUUUUUGUGUGCCCCAAAACCAAAAUUGCGACGGAAAAGUUGAUUGCCCAGAAGGUAGUGACGAACAAAAUUGCGACGACCAACAUGAUGAUGAUUAUUGGGAUCACCUGUAUAGAAAAAGACCAGCAGCUGAACAUGACGAUUGGAAUGGCAAUAAUUGUUCUCUCUCCUAUUUUGGAAAAUGUACUUGCAGAAAAUCAGACAUUUUGUGCGAUUAUAAAAACUAUGAGGAAGCGCCUGAUGAUCUACCAGAAGAAAAUAUCAAUAUUUUGGAUUUUACUGGAAACAACUUCAAGAAUAUCACACGUGAUUCUUUGAAGAACAUUCCUGAUAGCGUAGAAAAGUUGAUACUGGUUCACUGUAAUGUAAUUGAAAUACAGCCAUAUGCCUUCUUCAACCUGAGCAAUACCAAUUACCUACAUUUGGACAACAACCAUCUCAAAUUCAUACCACAAGAUGUUUUUGCAGUGAACAACAGGUUAAAGAGAUUAUCACUGAUGUAUAACGAUAUCAGCAAGAUACAUCCCAGAGCGUUCGAGAAUUUGAAGCAGCUUCAUGAAUUAGACCUGAGGCGCAAUAAAUUAGCUAAAAUAGAUGGUCGUAUCUUGGACCCCCUGAGGAAUUUAGCAAUUCUGUACUUGCAGAAUAAUCAAAUAACUUCUGUAAGUGUGGACAGUUUUCCACAAAUGAAGCUCAAACAUCUCUCCUUGAUGGAAAAUAAGAUAGUGCAAAUGGACAUAGCUUCAUUCAGCCAUCUACAAGAAUUGAAACAGCUAUUCUUGUCUAACAACCUACUGCCUGUUUUGGAAAAUGGUACCUUCUCCAAUCUUACUUCUUUGGAAGCUCUCACCUUGAAUAACAACUACAUAAAAACUAUUGAACUCGGCGUAUUCGAAGAUAUUGUCACUUUGGAAUCACUGAGACUGGAAGGAAAUCAGUUCAAGAACUUAGACAAAAAAGUAUUCGAACCGCUCACUAAUUUGCGGACAAUAUACUUUGACAGAUUCGAAAUGUGCUCAUUCGCUCAACAUGUCAGAAAUUGCCAACCGAAAGGUGACGGUAUCUCGAAUCAGGAACAUAUGCUGGCAAAUCCUAUACUUCGUACUAGCGUGUGGGUAAUGGGCGCGAUAGGGUGCACCGGCAACGUGGUCGUACUGUUGGGGCGCCAUUUUGCUCCCACCAACAACUUCGUACACUCCCUCUAUCUGCGCAAUCUCGCCCUAUCCGAUUUACUUAUGGGCGUCUACCUGUUCAUUAUCGCCGCUCAAGACCAGCACUACAGAGGCGUGUACUUGAGCUACCAGUACAUAUGGAGGCAUAGCUUCGUGUGUAAACUGUGCGGCUUCCUAAGUACGCUGUCCUGCGAGUCCUCGGUGCUGAUCCUGUCGCUGGUCACGUGGGACCGAUUGGUAUCCGUGACUCAGCCUCUGGCGCGACGCCAACUGUCCCGCAAGUUCGCCGUCGCGACGCUUGCUGCGCUGUGGGCGUCGGCAGUGGCGGUGGCGGCGAUGCCCGUCGGCGGUGUUGCCACGUCUUAUUUCGGCGACGAGUUUUACGGCGGCAACGGUGUCUGUCUGUCUUUGCACAUUCAUGAUCCUUAUGCCAUGGGCUGGCAAUACUCGGCUGCCAUGUUCGUCCUCGUCAACACGAUGGCCCUGAUCUUCAUCUCGUACGCGUACCUCAGGAUGAUCGACGAGAUCAGAGCCAGCGGGGUCGCGUGUCGGUCCACCAGACAGACGGAAGAUAGGGACAAGGUGGCGCAGCGGUUCGGGGUGAUCGUAUUCACCGAUUGCCUGUGCUGGGUGCCGAUCGUUCUCGUCAAAUUGGUCGCUUUGUCAGGUAUACCCAUACCACAAGAUUUAUACGCUUGGUUGGCCAUAUUCGUUCUGCCGAUAAAUUCAGCUCUGAAUCCGGUGCUGUAUACUCUGACUACUACAGUUUUCAAAAAACAGAUGGAAAAGCUGAUGGAUUCCUGUUGGCGCAAGAAGAAGCGAGAUCAGCACAACACAGCAUCAGAAUCAGCGUUCAGUCUCAGCUUUGGAAUGUUUCCUAAAGGUGGCAGUUCGAGAAGAAUAUUCAGUUACCGGCGUACUCACAGCAGCAGUAUGACAGUGAGCAAGAAUAGUUGGAAGAGGUCGACUGCAGUGUGAUAAGAACAUUUUCCUCAUUUUGAAAUGGUAGCAACCUUAUUCCUACCAAGACAUGAUGAAAGACAUUCGGGGAAAGAAACGUUUUUACUGUAAAUAUUAUAAUGGAUAGUUUUAGAUGUUAUUGAUUGCACUAGAAAAUUGAAUUCCAUCAAUAGUUUUAUAAAAAUGAUCUUCAUGCCAUAUCUUAUGUGUAUUUCAGUGAAAUAAAAUGUGUGUUUUAGUGACAAU